GUGUUCGACGUCACCGCGCGCGUCACAUCGCGCGCCAUGUCCGCGACGGCGUGCAAGUUUUACCUCGCCGGCGCGUGCCGGAACGGCGCGUCGUGUCGAUUCUCGCACGACGCCGACGCGAGCGCGAGCGCGAGCGCGCGCGCGUCGACGGAGACGCGCGAGCGAUGCAAAUUCGUCGACGCCCCCGGUGGGUGCACGUUCGGCGAUCGAUGCAAGUACGCGCACGGCGCGAGCGACGCCGGCGCGAGCGACGUCGCGAGGGCGUUCAGUCGCGUGACGCUCGCCACCGGGGCGGGACGCGGGAUGUCGGCGAGCGCGACGGCGUUCGCGCCGGGAGGGACGCGGGGGAACGCGAACGCGAACGGCGCCGAAUACGAACACGGCGAAGAGGAGGACGAAGAUUGGGGAUACGUGGACGAACACGGGAAUUGGGUGUCGUUCGACGACGAGGGCGAGGGCGCGAGGGAGUUUUUGGCGGCGCAGUUGCCGGACGAGGACGAGCUGUUGGGACUGACGAGCGAGGGGCCGAGCGGGGCGGGCGACGACGCGUGGGGGUUCUUCGACGAGGGCGGGAAUUGGGUGUCGCUCGAGGGAGAGGGACAGCGGUACCUACAAACGCAGGAAGAUUUGGUGCGUUGA